AUGGCCCACGGCAUGUCCGGGCACUUUGACGAGACGGGGUCCCGCGCCGCCACCGACGGCCAGGUGAGCCUGAACUCGCCGUCGCCGGCCGGCACGCGGGAGUGGAGGCACCACGUGAAGGGGCGCAUCACGCAGAAGAUCAGCAGGGGGAGCAAGAGAACGAGGAUUCGCAUGUCGAUGGGAAAGAUCGGCACGCGCUUGGACGGCCUCGUCGGCCGCCUCUGGUCAGAGGACUCCUCCAUGAAGUCCGCGCGGCGCCGCUGGUCCGAAGGGGUCGUGGACAGCAUGCGCUUCGAGAUGCUGUGCGGCAUCGUCAUCCUCGCUAACGCGAUUGCAAUAGGGUGGCGCAGGACGCACUGA